AUGGAAAAAUGGUGGUUCAAUUCGAUGUUGUCUAACGAUAAGUUAGAGCAUAGGUGUGGACUAAAUAAAUCAAUGGAUAGUCUUGAUGCUAUUGGGCAUACCAGUGGAAGUGAAGAACCCAUUCUAAAUGGUACGGAGAAAAACAUUCCUAGUCGGAGUGAUAGUGGCAGUUAUAGUUUCAGAAAUGUUGAUUAUUUAUUUGAUAUCAGGGAUAUUUGGAGUUUGAUCUCUGAUGACACUUUUUUAGUUAGGGAUAGUAAUGGUGACAGUUUUUCCGUAUGUUUUGAUAUUGAAAAUCAGAUUUUUGAGAUUGACAAUGAUAGUUCUUUUCUGAGUGAACUAGAAAGUUUUUUUUCUAGUUAUUUAAAUAGUGGGUCUAAGAGAAACAAUCACUACUAUUAUCAUUACAUAUAUGAUACUCAAUCUAGUUGGAAUAAUCACAUUAAUAGUUGCAUUGAUAAUUAUCUUCGUUUUGAAGUCAGUAUUAAUAGUUCCAUUUCGGGCGGUACCGACAAUUACAGUGACAGUUACAUUUAUAGUUUCAUUUGUACUGAAAAUGUAACUGGUAGUGAAAGUGGGAGUUCUGGUAUAAGAACUAGUAAAAAUGGCAGUGAUUUCAAUAUAAGAAGAAGAUCUAAUGAUUUCGGUAGAAAUAAAAAAUACAGACAUUUAUGGGUUCAAUGCGAAAAUUGUUAUGGAUUAAAUUAUAAAAAAUUUUUUAGGUCAAAAAUGAAUAUUUGUGAACAGUGUGGAUAUCAUUUGAAAAUGAGCAGUUCAGAUAGAAUCGAACUUUCGAUUGAUCCGGGGACUUGGGAUCCUAUGGAUGAAGAUAUGGUCUCUAUGGACCCCAUUGAAUUUCAUUCAGAGGGGGAACCCUAUAGAGAUCGUAUCGAUUCUUAUCAAAGAAAGAUAGGUUUAACUGAAGCUGUUCAAACAGGCAUAGGUCAACUAAAUGGUAUUCCCAUAGCAAUUGGGGUUAUGGAUUUUAAGUUCAUGGGAGGUAGUAUGGGAUCCGUAGUAGGCGAGAAAAUCACCCGUUUGAUCGAGUAUGCUACUAAUCGAUCUUUACCUGUCAUUAUUGUGUGUGCUUCUGGAGGAGCGCGCAUGCAAGAAGGAAGUUUGAGUUUGAUGCAAAUGGCUAAAAUAUCUUCCGCUUCAUAUAAUUAUCAAUCAAAUAAAAAUUUAUUCUAUGUAUCAAUCCUUACAUCUCCUACAACCGGUGGAGUAACAGCCAGUUUUGGUAUGUUGGGAGAUGUCAUUGUUGCUGAACCUAAUGCCUACAUUGCAUUUGCGGGUAAAAGAGUAAUUGAACAAACAUUGAAAAAGACAGUACCCGAUGGUUCACAAGCGUCUGAGUAUUUAUUCCAUAAAGGCUUAUUUGACCCAAUUGUACCACGUAAUCCUUUAAAAGGUGUUCUGAGUGAGUUAUUUCAGCUCCACGGUUUCUUUCCCUUGAAUCAAAAUUCAAAAAAUUAA